AAGAAGAAGAAGGUUUCAUGUCUGUCGGUCGGUGAUCCGGUGUUUGUGUUCGGAGGCUGAAAUGCAGCGCAGUAAAGCUGGGACUGUGGAAGUGAAACGGGUGAUCGAAGCUCUCUGCAGGCUGUUAGCGACCCUUGGUCUGGACCCUGUCCCCGCGCCGGAGGUUUUCAGACGGGCCAAGUUUGGAGGACGAUCCCAGGAGGAUCCGUUAUGGCAGCUUCUCUCCAACAUCCUUCAGACGUCAGGGAUCAUUUCCUCUGAGACCUGCUCUCAGCUGAGUGGAGAGCGCAGGAAGCUGGUGGCUGUAGGCCUGUGGCAGAGCGGAUACUACGGUGACUGGAUGUACGGCACCGAUGGAGGCAGCUUCACGAGCAGAGACCUCCUCCUGGCGUUAGGCUGGCUGCUGGCUAAAGGAGCCCUGGAGAAGAUGCUGACAGGGCGAGUAGAGCAGCUGGACCGAACGCUGCUGCCUUCUGCUCCUGAGAAAUGGGAGUUUUCAGGGGAGCUGGAACUGGACGCUGCCUCACUAAGGAGACUGCAGUGGCUGAUGGGUCACCUGAGACAUCAGAGACGGACUCUGCUGUCCACAAUAGGAGUGCGAACACGAGUGUUGCAUGAUGUCCUUUUUACCAACCAAAUUUGCACUGCAGCCCCCUCUAGUGGCCAAAGCUCUGCAGCGCUGACAGAGGACUGCGUUCGUGUACAGCAGCUCUGCGACCUCCUUGAAGCGUACGUGAGCUGGAAACAGGUGGAGAACAUUUUCUGGAACUGGAUGUUCAUUAUAACCGUGUGUCUGCAGGACAGUGUGGCUGACUGCCGUCUCAGUGAUCUUUACGUCAGGACGUCCUUUCAACAAGCCAGCCAGAGUUUGGGAACAUGUUGCCCUGGAAACCGGGGUCUGGCAAAGCUGAAGGAAAUACUGAUGAGACUGCCCAACAAACAGGUCACAGCUUUGGAAGCUCAGAGCGAACUCCAAGAGGAUGAUUCAGACGUGGCCUCCCAGUCGUUGUCUCUGUCCUCUCUCCUCUCUGUUCCCUCCAUUCAUAAGGUGUGUUGUGCCAGACUACAGGCUGAGAAGACGCUCAGACGUCCUUCAGAGGGGCCCCACAGCAGGGCCGAGGGCCCUGGCGAGCUCCCUUUGUCUCAGGCUACAGAGCUGCUGCUUCAGGCUGAAACUGUGCAGCUGCAGAGGAGGGACGGACAGCGUCUGGCCAACCGGAAGCAGCUGCAGGAGCUAAUGGGCAGUCUGGACGAGCUGGUCUUUAUACCGCUGUAGAUGAUCCAGUCAGGGAGGAAUAUGUUCCUGUUUUACUCUUUUAGUUUGAAACAGGACUCUGAUGAAAAUGUUCUGAUGAUUUACCUCCUCAAAAUAACUCCAGAAAUCUGUUUUGUUAGGUGUAAAUAACAUUUUAUCCCCCUGAGAUUUAGUGACAGUGAUGGACAGUGACCUGACCUGAGUGUACCCUGCCAUCAGUGUUUCAUUUGAAGACCGGAGGAUUAAGAAUAGCUCCAACCGGCUUCACUUCUAUUUAAUAACCUUAGUGAUUAGAAUAUUAGUAAGUCUACUGAAUGCUGGUCAGAAAAAGACUGAUUAAAGAAGCAAUGAAUACACAAACAUUUAACUUCAAGAUAUACAUAAAUGUAAUUUGAGUUUUAAAAUGGAUCCCGCUUUAAGGCCCUGCAGAAACCCUGGACAUUAGUUACCAUGGAGAUUUAUUCUGUGCAGUUAGCUCUCUCCAAACCAGGCUAAGUGAAGCUUCUUCACUCACCUGCAUGAGAACAAAGUUAGGCCAAAGAAGCUGACUGUUCAGAGUUGUGUGUCCAAGCGUAGCAAUGGAAAGUUGAAUGGAAGAAAAAACUGAUAGAAAAAGGUGCGCCAGCUACUGGGAUCAUUGCAGCCUUGAAGCCAUAAGAGAAUUGUGAAGCAAAGCCCAUUAUAGAGUUUGGGAGAGAACCGCAAGGUGUGGACGUCAGCUGGAGUCAGAACUAUAAGAACCACAAUACAGGCUGAACCAGGAGAUGGGCUACAGCUGCCACAGUCCUGGUGUUAAACCACUCGUGAACCAGAGACAUCAGAAGCUGCUUUAAUGCAAUGCUUUAUGCAAAAGGAGCCCAGACCAAGAACUGAGAGCAGAUACGGUACAGAACAUUAAGAAUACUGUUCAGUAGGUCAAUAUUAAUGCAAUAAAAUCCUUCUUAUUGGUCUGAUGUCAUAUUCUAAUUUUCGGAGAAACUGAAUUUUUGUGUUGUAAGCCAAAAUCAUUCGAACAGAAAUAAAUAUUGAAAUAUA